UUAAUUAAUCAAUGUCAACAAUCUUGAACACAUCUGACUCCAACAAAUUCCAGAUCCUUCUUCAACCUUCUUCUUUCUUCUUCAACCCCUCCUCUUAAUACCCUCUUCUUCCUCCACUCACCCAUUCUCUAAUCCCUUCAGCUCCCCUCCGAUUUCCCAUCAAUGCCUUCCGAGCCAGACCCCUCUGAGCUUUCUUCAGCCCUCGAAACACUAAUUCUCAACACAGACGUGUCUCUACUGGCACCCCAUUUUCUAGGUUUCGCCACUAUGAUCCAUACAACCGCCCCUCAAUCCCCAAAUCAAGGAAUCGAAACAAACCCCACUUUACCAGACCGGUUCAUCUUCUUCAAUCCUUUUCUCCAUCAAUUGAUAAUGAUCCAAUCCACUCCUAAGAACAGCCAGCCCCCAGCUUCCAAAGCUUCGAUCAUAGCCAUGCCCUCUGUUCAUGUCUCUGAACAAACUGAGUGCGUGAUUUGCUUGGAUGAGAUCGAAGUCAGGGGGCUUGCUAAAGAAAUGCCCUGUAACCAUAAAUUCCAUGGCGAUUGCAUUGAGAAGUGGCUGGAGUUACAUGGGUCGUGCCCUGUUUGUAGAUAUGAGAUGCCAGUUGAUGAUGAUGAAGAUGAAGGGAAGAGGGUUGAAGACGAAGGGACUGAGAGAAUGGGAGAAAGGGAGAUUUGGCUCGGGAAGCUUGAUACUCCUGGCCAAGUUGAAUCAUAAUUAAAUCUCGUGUCACAAUAGCUCCACGAAGACUUGCUUUCACUACAAC